CCUGUACGCCGGAGCAAUGAUGCUUGCAAAAGAUAAUGAACAUUCGAUCUACCCCCCUCUUGCCGGCAUCCUACUGGGACUUGGUGCCGGAUGCAUCUGGGUCACACAAGGAGCAAUGAUGAUGUCUUAUCCGACUGAAGACAACAAGGGCAAGUAUAUAGCUUGCUUUUGGUCAAUCUUCAACCUCGGCGCCGUCCUUGGAUCUGUCUUCCCUCUCGUCAUGAAUAGCCGUCCAGGGAUGGAUCCCGACGACUUUUCACCCUCAACAUACAUCGUGUACAUGGCCCUCAUGGGCUCCGCCACAUUUCUAGCCAUCUUUCUCGUCCGUCCUUCCAGUAUCGUGCGAGAUAAUGGUGAACCUGUGGUUGUAGCCGAAUUUGCUGGCGUCAAGGCCGAGUUUGUUGCCAUUCUAUCAGUCUUCUGUGAUUGGCGUAUGCUCCUCUUAAUCCCUGCAUUCUUCUUCUCCAACUUCUCCUAUACAUACCAAUUCAAUGAUUUUAACGGUUUUACUUUUAACAUCCGUACACGCUCCCUUAAUUCCAUUAUCUUCUGGGUGGCACAGAUCCUUGGAGCACUAAUCAUUGGAAUGCUGCUUGAUCGGCUUCCUAUGAAGCGACCUAGGAGGGCUUUACUAGGUCUGUUGGUGGUAGCAAUUUUAUUCAAUUCUACAUGGAUCGGGGCGCUGCUAAUGCAACACAAAUACAACUGGGAACGAAGGGCGCCCAAUAGUAAAGACUUGAUUGAUUUUGAACACGGCGAUACCUACUCAGGACCUCUCACCAUCUAUGCUAUGUUUGGUUUCUGCGAUGCGGCUUUUGCAGUAUACUGUUACUGGCUCAUGGGCGCUCUCUCCAAUAAACAUGAAGAACUCUCGCGCUAUGCUGGGUUCUUCAAGUCAAUCCAAUCACUCGGGAGUGCCGUUGCAGCGCCACUCGACCUUGCCCAAACACCAUUGCGAGCCUAUCUCAUCAUCAAUUGGAUCUUAUGCGGCUUCUCCAUCGCAGCCAUGUUUCUCGUUAGUAGGACCAUCACAGACACAACAGUUGAAGUACAUGGUGAGGGCGACGUGUAUGCGGACGACGAGGAACCAACUGAAAUGCUUGAAGCGAAUUUGACUCAUGCCGGCGCUAUGGCAAAUGAAGGGACCGGCAGCUAUCAGCAACGCCAAUCUGUGAUUGGCACCAGUUUCUUUGAUGAGAACGUGAGUACAAUCUGCGCUAAGAGUGAAGAAAAUAAAGUCAUAUGCGGUUCACCAACAAGUGGCCAAAGAUCUGGAGGCUGGCGAUCCUGUAACAGAGUACAGAGUUUUGAUGAAAGAGAAAUGGAGGAAGGCUACUCUCAUGGGUUUUCCUCGUCACGACCGGGCCCUGGACCUGGAAGUCAUGACUCUUACACCUCAACUGCUACUGCGGUCUCAAAUGAGAAUCAUGGCAAACGUAAGAGCAGCUCAGUAAUUUCGGCAUCAUCAAUAGUAGACCCAACUACGUGCCCCUCACCCACGCUUCAACAUCCUCAGGGACAUAUUCGAAGCGAGUCCCGUCUCUCGAGAGCACCGCCAAUGGUGGAGAUCCAAGAUGAUACAAUCUAUCUGAGCCAGCAGCGCCCACAACCACACCAACACCUCUCUGUCCCACUUACGCAACAUUCAUCUGUAAUACCCUCCAUAUCAUUGACCACUGAGCAUGCUUCGAGUUCUCAAUCUGGCAUUGAGCCCUCGGCGCCUGCAACAUAUCUUCAUCCCUUUGACUACUUGAGUGCAGGAACAGCAGCGUCUUCAGCAUCUGCACUGUCUGCAGCACCACGAUCAAGCUUUGGUGGCGCCAGUAGCUCAGGAUCCACAAGAUACGAUGAAGAACAAGACAUGGAUUCUGUCGAUACAUGCUCGCUCUCGUCCUUGUCGUCUGGUCACGACUCCAUACCAGAGAUGAGUGACAUGGGUCCUGUCUAUGGGUCAAGUCGCUUAUAAUGGCGAUUUAAUAUAUAUUCUACUCCUUACUCCGUGUACCAUAGCUACUAUAAUGAUAAUCAUUUGCAUCUUAAUAAAAAAAAACUCUUUUGAUGAAUAAAC